GAUGCGUGCAAACAAAAUCGAACGCAGAAAAAUUUAUGUAGUAUAUGAGAAAAAGAGAAGCAGGCAUAUAUGACCCGGUCCAUUUAUAGUAAUGUAUCGGAGCCCGUCCAAAAAUCUAGAGAGUAGAGAGUAGAGAGUGUGUAGAGGCUUUGUUUGUAGAUCCGAAUAAGAAAGAGAAGUUGAAGAAGAAUUAUAGGUGGAGAAGGACUCCCUUCAAUUCAAUUUCAUCAAUCAAUAUAUCUAUGAAAACUCUUUGACUAAUCAAUUACUUUCCCCUUUUUUCCAUUUUCUUGGCUACUUUCAGGACAGGUAGUAAAACUCACCAUGUACAAGCAGUCACCUAGUAGGAACCAUAGAUCCAAAGGUGUCAAGGUUAAGAAUGUUUUACAAAUCUGUCUGUUGCUUGCUGUUUGCUUUUGGCUGAUUUACCAGGUCAAGCACUCACAUGAUAAAAAGAAAGAAUUUGAUGAAGAUGAUGCCAAGUCUUCAAUCAAGUCUGGAAGUAUCAAUGAACUUGUGAAACUUGGAAGGAAAGAUCUACCCCGGAUUGAGGGAUUAGAUACAGUUGAUGAGAAGCAUAGAGAGGAACUAGAAGAUGAAACUGUGGAAGAAGAAGAAGGGAAUAAGCCUGAGGAAGAAGAUCUAGAAGAGAACAAUACAAAAGAGAAGAAUGAUGAACACAGAGAAGAUGGAGAAGAUGAGGUUGAGGAUCAUGAUGAAGAGAAGAAUGAUGAACACAGAGAAGAUGGAGAAGAUGAGGUCGAUGAUCAUGAUCAAGAGAAGAAUGAGGAACACCGGGAAGAUGCAGAAGAUGAGGUCGAUGAUCAUGAUCAUGAGAAGUCUGAUGUAGAGCGUGAUCCAGAAUUGGAUGCUGUUGAUGAAGACAAGGAACGAGGAGAAGAUAGCGAGAAGGAAACUGAGGAGAGAGAUGCUGAAGUGAAUGAUAGUCAGGUGGAUGAAGAAAAUUCAUUGGAAGAACAUGAUCACGAUGAAGACUCAAGCAGUUCACAUGAGGCACGUGAAGAACAUUAUAAAGCAGAUGAUGCUUCAAGUGCAGUGACUCAUGAUACAGUUGUAACUACAACUGAAAAUGAGAGUGGUAAGUUAGAGCAAGAAGUAGAACAUUCUGCUGAAGCCAAGAGUAAAGCUGGUGUUAAUAACAUUAUGCAGAUCAAUACCAGCCAAAAUACAACAGUGGUUUUGAAGGAGGAAAAUGGUAAAGCAGAUGAAGAAGACAGUCCUCCAAACACAACGAACAGUGAAGAGAAGCAUGAUGACCCGAUCUUAUCCACUGCUGCAGACACUUCAAUUUCAAAUUCCACAAGAACAGAAGGAUUGACAGAUAAUUCUGAAUCGAGAACCUACUCGACGGAACUGAGCGCACAGGCUCAUGACUUACUUCUACAGAAUGGAACCCAGGCAGUUAACCAAGAGUCUAAUGCCACAGUAGGGGAUACAACGUCUUCCAACAUGUCAACUAGUCAGCAAAGCAGUAACUCUGCAGAUACGGUGGAUGAUAACCAAAUUGAUUCUAAUUUAACAGUUUCCUCUAAAAAGGACGAGUUAGACUCAAUCCCGGUCGAUUCCUCGAAUGUUUCUGGUGAUACGGAGCCUUCCCUGGCAGAAAAAGUCGUCCAAGGGAAUGCAACUGCUGAAGCAGUAGAUAAUGAAGGGUUGCCUUUGAAUGAUAACAAUGCAACUGAGGUUGAGAAGGCCGAUACUAGCAGUGAAGAAACUGGAACUACUGAUGAAGACGUGGAUGCAUCAAUUGUUGAGAAUUUGGGGGAUGAUCUGAUUGAUUCUUCUGAUUCGUCCUCCCACUUGGAGGAGAAACAUGUCCGCACAGAUGUAGAAACUCUUCCUGAAAUACAAACUGAAGGAAGCAUGGAAGAUGCUGCAGCAGAAUGAUAACUGUACAAUUAGACAAGUAGUGUGUUUAGUUUUCGUGAUGAGUUUUCACACUUUCGUUUACUGUUAUUCGGUUUCACAAAUGUGCAAAAUUCAUAAACUGUAGACCAUAUUAAUGUUGCAGGCAUUAUAUAGUCAUGAGUGAAGGGUUCCAACUUGUAUAAUCGUUUCUACUUUCUAGCGUCUUCCAUUUUUCUGUUUAAUCUGUUUUCUAUAUAUAGAUUGUGAUUCUGUUACAGAACUUGUGUAGUGUAUUGAAACA